ACAUUUCGGAAAGUCGAAACAUAACCUAUAAAUAGUCGAAAACUACAUCUGACAGCCGGCAAAGUCAUUGAAUUACAGAAAAAAACUGUAGAAUAAUUACGACAGACAAUUCGUACAAUCAAUUGAACAAUUUCUCAUCAUCUUGAUCAAUUUUAUUGAGUGAAAAUGGUGGUAAGGCAAUAUCAAGAGGAGCUCCAGUACCUGGAGAAGCUCACAGACUACAGUUGGAGGAUAAAAAAGGGUUUCCAACCCAACAUGAAGGUCGAGGGAAUUUUUUACGUGAACAAUACACUGGAGAAACUGAUGCUAGAGGAGCUCAGGAACUCCUGCAGACCUGGACAAGUUGGUGGAUUUUUGCCAGGUGUUAAACAAAUAGCUAAUGUUGCUGCAUUACCUGGAAUCGUUGGGAGGUCUGUGGGUCUUCCAGACGUUCAUUCUGGAUAUGGAUUUGCCAUUGGUAAUAUGGCAGCAUUCGAUAUAAAUGAUCCAAAGUCAAUAGUAUCUCCAGGUGGUGUAGGUUUUGAUAUAAAUUGUGGGGUACGUCUGCUACGUACUAAUUUAUUCGAAAAAGACGUUCAACCAGUCAAGGAACAAAUAGCCCAGAGUAUGUUUGAUCACAUCCCCGUAGGCGUUGGAUCGAAAGGAAUAAUUCCAAUGAAGGCUCAGGACCUCGAGGAAGCCCUGGAGAUGGGAAUGGACUGGUCAUUGAGGGAGGGUUACAGUUGGGCAGAGGAUAAAGAGCAUUGUGAGGAAUAUGGAAGAAUGUUGAAUGCUGAUCCCUCCAAGGUCUCCAUGAGAGCUAAAAAACGAGGCCUACCCCAGUUAGGAACCCUCGGUGCUGGUAAUCACUACGCAGAGAUCCAGAUUGUUGACGAAAUAUACGACAGAUCAGCAGCAUGUAAAAUGGGAAUAGAGGAGAAGGGCCAGGUCUGUGUGAUGAUUCACUCUGGGAGUCGUGGAUUCGGUCAUCAAGUGGCCACCGAUGCCCUAGUACAGAUGGAGAAAGCGAUGAAGAGGGAUAACAUCGAAGUCAACGACAGACAACUUGCGUGUGCCCACAUCAACUCGCAGGAGGGCCAAGAUUACCUGAAAUCCAUGGCUGCAGCUGCCAAUUUCGCAUGGGUCAACAGGAGUUCCAUGACUUUUCUCACUCGACAGGCAUUUGCUAAACAAUUCCAGAUGCCUCCCGACGACCUAGACAUGCACGUCAUCUACGAUGUGUCCCAUAAUAUUGCUAAAGUUGAGGAACAUAUGGUUGAUGGCAAGUUGAAGACCCUUUUGGUUCACAGAAAGGGAUCUACAAGAGCAUUUCCGCCUCACCACCCCCUGAUCCCAGUGGACUAUCAGCUCACAGGCCAGCCAGUGUUGAUCGGUGGUACAAUGGGCACUUGCAGUUACGUUCUAACAGGAACUGAUCAAGGAAUGAGGGAGACAUUUGGAUCCACGUGUCAUGGAGCUGGUCGAGCCCUGUCCCGAGCAAAAUCCCGAAGAAAUUUGGACUAUCAACAAGUCCUGGAAAAACUUGAGGGCCAGGGAAUUUCCAUAAGAGUCGCCUCCCCAAAACUGGUGAUGGAAGAGGCCCCAGAGUCCUACAAAAACGUGACUGAUGUUGUGAACACAUGUCAUGCAGCUGGGAUCUCCAAGAAGUGCAUCAAGCUACGACCAAUAGCUGUUAUCAAGGGCUAAAGCCUCAAAUAUUCAUGAUUAAUCCUUCAUUUAUGUACAUCAUUCAUACGAUUCAUAAAUAAAUUGUGAUGUUUGGAUUUUUAA